AUGUAUCUAGACAGUACCGCGCACGAGGAUCUGCUAUCUGCGGGCUUCUUCCACGCGCGCACCCUCGCCGACGGAGAGCAGUCACUUCGCAUCUACACGAGGCUCGAGCCGGACUCGCUGCUCGGCAUCCGGGCCAGCGGCACCGUGGGAGCCACCGCUGCCGAGGUGAUAUCGGUGCUGCGAGAGGUGGAUCUGAUCCCCGAGUGGAAUAGAUUCUGCGACUUUGGAAUCUUGCUGCGCGUCCUUCGACAGAAUGUGCUCUGGGCCUCCGCCGGCGUCCGCCUCCCGUGGCCCGUCCCGCCGCAGUCGCUGCUGGUCCGCGCCAAGGUUGAGGCCGACGCUACGAGGCCAGGCGCGAUUCUGGCGGUGGCGCAGUCUGUCGACGCCAAGAGCCGGCGGCGGCUUGCGCAGGGCGUAGCGAUGCCUUCCCCCCUCUCUUCGCGGCUGGAGCUCCCGGUCGAGAUGGCAGUCGGGCGGCUGACCGCGGCGGGCGAUGCGCUUACUCGCUUCGAGGCGGCUCCGCCCUCGGCAGGCGGCUGCGGACGGACAGCACCGGGCUGUACAAAUUCGUCGGUCGCAGCAGCGGGCAGCAGCCCGCAGCAGCGCAGGAGGAUCCCAGUCCGCCCAAACAGGCGAGGGGUCGUUCUCGCGGGUGGCGGUUUUGGCAGCGCGGCACUGAUGGGACGGCGUGACACACUGGAGGACACCUUUUGCUUGUGCUUGUGGUUUGGUUCACGUAGUAUAAAGACACAUGCGCGUUCUGCGGGAGUCAACUACGGCUGA